AUGCUACCUGAAGUGCGAGAUGUGGCGGCUCUUGAGUUAUGGGAAGCCGUCAGGAUAGGCUGCAUCGACCGUGUUGAGUCUUUUUUAGCUGCCGGUGUCGACCCAAAUGCACGAUUUGACAACCUAGAUUCUGUUUUCUCGGGAGUCGCCGAGGACUGGGCUAGUGAAGAGAAAACUGCACCUCCUUUGUUCCAUUUCGACCUGACUGAACUACCCGCCCUUCGCCGAGCCGCGGGGGAGUCCGAAAGCGCUGACGGCUAUAUUGAUAAGCCCAAAGCCACGGAUCUUAUGACUGCCUUGCUCCAGCAUGGCGCUGACCCGUAUGUGCUGUAUCGGCAGCCGAUCCUCAAAUAUAGAUAUGUCGGUCUUUACCCUGGGAAGCCAAGAGACGCAGAAGUAGAUGACGAGGCGUCAGAGCUUGAUCAAGUGGGAUUCGCCUGCAGGGGCAUCGUCGAAAAAGCCCUACGACUCGAACGUAAACGGCGCCAUCUCGAGCAAGGAGUGUACAAUCCCAAUCUGGACGAAUUCAUAAGAGAUUUUGAAGGCAGUCUUGAUGAUUGUAUUGAGUAUCUGGAUCUGCCCGUUAAUUACGGGGUGCGCAGUGUCAUUCAUGUACUACUUGAGAGCGGCAUGUUCGUCCAGCCUAUAUUCGACUUUCUGGGGGACACGCUGGAUGUAGAGCGACGAGAUCCCCAGGGUCGCACACUAUUUCUUGCGGCCUGUCGGAGCCUAGUAGGUCCAGAUGCUGCAACCAGUAGUGUCUAUGGUGGUCUCAGCAAAAUACCAUAUGACACUGGAAUCCACGAAAACCCUUACCCUCAACCAGACAAUCCGUGGAGGGGGUUUGAAGGCAAGAACUCGAAGGCUUGCGCUGGCCCAACCUUUCUCUCGUUUUUCAUGUCACGCGGAGCCAAUCUACUGGCAGUUGACAAUUAUGGAAAAAACGCCCUUCACCAGCUGUUUACCUAUACCGAUUCCACUUGGACAACCUUACCACCACCUAUCGAUACUACACUUGCGCAACUGAUUAAAAACUGUUCCAGCCUUAUAAAUCAGCCUGACAAGGCUGGUUUGUACCCUUUGCAUCUUGCUAUCUGGCGAAUGAACUCUAUUAUGCUCCCAGAGCCAGAAGGUCCGGAAUCAAUCUAUCAUUUCGAAACCGCGGUGGAUUCCCUUCUCGCUGCGAACGCCAAUACUCUUGUUGUGGAUGGGCGCGGAAACACCGUUCUUCACUACCUCGCUGGUAGUAGACUAGGAGAAAGGGAUCGAAUGGGUGAUGAGCAAAGGCGUCUUCUUCGGGGAUUUCUCAAGGACGGUGUUGACCCCAAAGCACGUAAUGCGGAAGGCAUGACAGCCCUGGAGAUCUUCUGCACGGUCAGCCACGAUGGAUUCGGUGAUGAGGAUUCUUAUAACCGAUAUUUUGCCAUUGGUCAAGAUGUCAUCGAUCAAUUCUCAAGGGCCGGCUACAACAUCCAGGAGACGAAUGCAAAAGGGCAGACGCUGCUGCAUUUUGUUGCUGGGCUCACCUCGCCUGUGUUCGAAUCUUUGGCUGCGUGGCCCUGGUUUCAACUUCUCCGGUCUAAGGGACUUGAUCCUAUGGCGAAAGACGGAGAAGGCAAGACUCCAAUCGACAUUGCAGAGGAUAACGAGAGUAUCAAUGUUUGGUGGCAGGAGGAACGUGAAUCUAUGUCCGCAUAA